UUGAGUUCUGUUAACGGGGCUUAAUGCAGAUUUUCCCAGAAAGAUGGCGUGAACAGUGGAACCAAUGGGAACUACGUUCGUUGGUGCUACUCAGCCUUUCCUUGCAAAUUAUCCUCAGUUUCUUUGGUAAUCGGAGAAAAUAUAUAGCAAGAAACUGGAUCAGUUUUAUUCUUUGGUUGGCCUACUUAUCAGCUGACUAUGUUGCAACUGUCUCACUGGGCAUCCUUGCCAGUAAUCAGGGAGAUUUAGAUGAUGAUUCCCUUGAUAAUGCUAUAAUGUCGUUUUGGGCACCAUUUCUUCUCUUGCACCUUGGGGGCCCUGACACCAUAACUGCGUAUUCUUUGGAAGACAAUGAGUUAUGGCUUAGGCACUUGCUUGGUCUUGUUACCCAGGUUGGGGUGGCAUUUUAUGUCUUUAUAAGAUCCUUGAAGCCAAUGAAGCUCAACUUCGUAGCUAUUCCAAUGUUCAUUGCUGGAACUGUCAAGUAUGGGGAGAGGACUUGGGUUCUCAGGUCUGCAAGCAGUCAGCAUUUUAGGGAGUCGCUUCUCCAACGUCCAGAUCCAGGACCCAACUAUGCCAAGUUUAUGGAGGAUUACAAGUUGAAGGAAAGGGAAGGAUUUGAGCUGUCGUGUACUGCAAAUCAGGCUUUUACAGUUGUCCCUCGUACCAACUCAUUUCAGGGAGGUAGCCUCAUUCCUGAUGGUGCCAUUUUGAUUGCUGCUUAUGAUUUCUUCAACACGUGUAAGAGGCUCUUUGCAGAUCUCAUUCUCAGCUUUCAUGAUAUUGAAAAGAGCCACUCCUACUUUCAGAGGUGUCAUUGGGAUGAGGCUUUCAAAGUGAUUGAAGUUGAGCUUGGAUUUGUGUAUGACUUAUUCUAUACAAAGGCAAGUAUAGUAUAUUCCAACUGGGGUGUUUUUCUUCGCUCUGUGAGUUUAUCUUCUACUAUUAUUACUUUAGCAACUUUCACCGCGAUUGACAGGCAGGGAUUUAAAACUGUUGACGUGAGUAUAACAUUUUUGUUGCUCAUUGGAGCUAUUUUCCUUGAGAUUUAUGCAAUUCUUGUGCUGCUUUCAUCGGAAUGGACAAUGCUUCGGCUCAGCAAACGAGAAAAAUUUCCAGUGAGUCAGACUUCUAAAGCCAUAUCCACGUUCAAAUUUAUAACUAGCAAGAACAGAUGGUCAAAUUACAUGGAACAGUACAGUCUUAUUGGUUCUUGCUUCAGAGGUGAGCCCGGUGAUUUGCAUGGAGUCCAAAGGCGUGGCUGGAUUCACAAACAUGUUCAUGGCAAUAUAACUUCAGAGAGUGUAUCUCCUUGUCUGAAAGAAUUUGUCUUUGAAGAGCUUGUGGAGAAAUCAAAGGUUGCCUCAAACUUUUCAAUUUCUAGGCAAUUAUGUGCUUGCAGGGGUGAGCAGGUACUUGGAGAGAAAAACUGUCUAGAUAGACUUGGUUGGAGCGUUGAAGUCGAGUUUGAUCAUAGCAUUCUGCUAUGGCAUAUUGCUACAAGUCUCUGCUAUUGUUAUGAUCAGAAAAGGAAUCCAAGUUCUGUUCUUGAUUCAAGAUGUAAAGUCAGCAAGUUAAUAUCAGAAUACUUGCUGUACAUUCUUGUCAAGCGGCCUUCUAUGAUGCCUAAUGGAAUUGGGCAGAUCAGGUUUCAAGAUACAAUUUGUGAAGCAAUAGAAUUCAUUCAAGAAAGAAAAUUCAUAUCAAAUGCCUCCUUAGCUUGUGAAAAGCUACUGCAAGUAGACACCAGGAUUGAACCUGCAAUUGUCAAAGGAGACAGAAGCAAAUCUGUGCUAUUUGAUGCCUGUAGACUAGCCAAAGAAUUGCACUCAGUAGAACAAGAAAGGAAGUGGCACACAAACGAGAAGUGGGAGUUAGUAAGUCAUGUAUGGCUGGAGAUGCUAUCAUAUGCUGCCGGUCAAUGUAGGUGGAAUCAGCAUGCUCAGCAACUUAGACGAGGUGGAGAGCUGCUCACUCAUGUCUGGCUAUUAAUGGCACAUCUUGGCUUGACAAAACAAUUCCAUAUUUCACGAGGUCAUGUUAGAGCUAAAAUUUUAAGGCAGUAGCAAGACUACCAACUGAAGCUGAAAAUCGAAAGGUCUAGCUGAUAAUUCACUUGAAAGAUAUGCAAAAAAAUGGAUGCAGACAUAUACCGCC